AUGCUUGCGAUGCAUCAAAAAGAUCGAACUCAUUCCAUUAUAACAAUACCAGAACUGAUUGAAAACGAAGAAACAGCGAGAGAUAUCGAAGGCCUUAAGGCAGAUAUUGAAUUAACUGAUAUUAGCAAUGCUGUUGCAAGACGGGCUCCAGAAAAAGGAAUAAAUGUAUCGGUACGAGUUGUUGAUAAGGCAAUAGUUCACCGAGAAGAUUUAGAAGUUGCUUCUGUUGUGUAUAUGAUAAUUUUCGGAUCAUCUGCAAAUAAUUUCAUUGAUGGAAUGAGUAAUGGGGUAGCAUUUGGCAAAUCGUUGUUUCGCGGUCUUAGCAUUGGUAUUGCAUGCAUCGCACAACAAUUUCCGCAAGAGCUUGGAAUGCUAGCCAUUUUAACAAAAACAGGUCUCGGGAUGAAACGAACUUUACUACUUAACUUAAUUCCUGGUUUUCUUAGUUAUUUUGGUUUUAUGAUUGGUGCAACUCUUGGUCGCUCAUUUGAUCGCUCCGAUCAAUUCGUUUUCGCUGUAUCUUCUGGAAUGUAUCUCUAUGUACUUCUUGGUACUUUGAUUCCAGAAAUGCGUGAAAGCACAAAUGAACUUAUCAAGGAAGAUAUUAAGAAAAGUUUGAUUGCUACUUUAGAACAAAUCAUAGGCCUGGUAGUUGGCGUAUUAUUCAUGCUUUUUAUGGCACUAUAUGGUGAAUUCAUUCAUGUAUAA